GUUGCUGCUGUCGCCCCGUCCAGUCACCAGUUUCAUAGGAAGUGAAGGUUGAGGAGCAAUGAAAUCACGGGUGAAUGAAACGGAGAAGAGUUUCAACUUUAAGUGUUUCUGAAUCGGGACGAGAGGGAUGGACGCGCUCUCCUCACUCACGGUGAUGUUUACGGGACCAGGCAGGCUCCUCCGCGGCGAAUCAGCGACAAUGUCAGCCCGACCGAGGAGCUCGAGGAUGAAGCGCGUCUCAGAGCAGCGCUGCUCAGCUACGGCGCAGUAGUGUGUAAAAUAAUCGCCUGGUUGUUCUCGCUUUUGAACACGUUGUCCUUUGUAACCAAAUGUGGGAAGAAGGUCACGUUUCUUCGGGGAAUUGUUGUGAAACAACAGAAGAACUUGGGCUCAGUGUCGGCUCGGCUGAUCUACAGGGACAUUGUGUUUGCAGCGAUUGUUCAGGCCUCCAGUCGCUCGGCUGGACAGCGUCAAAGCGCACAAAAACCUCUGGCAAAAUGUCAAGGAUGCUCCGAGAAGGAGCGCAGACCGCAGAGACGGCAGCAUGACUGGCAGCACUGAGACACAGGACACAGGUCAGAAGUGGGGCUGAGAGAACCGCUGUCAUUGCUUCUUUUCUUCUUCUUUUUUUUUAAAGAGACAUUUUUUUUUACGCACACAGAAUGGGACUGCUUGACAUUUGUGUAUUUUCGUGGGCUUCUUCGACGUGACACCGGACUCCCUCUGUGUGUUUACGCCUCUGCUGCUGCGCAGUUCGGGUGGAUGCCGCAGCCCUGCUGGAUCAAAACACAGAUUAGUGAGGGGGGGUCAACAGAUUGUUUCAGUGAGGGGAAAUCCCCGCCAGGAGCCCCGCCGCUCUUCAUUACGCCAUGGAUGACUCGGGGAUAAUACGGCGCCGGAGGCUGCAGAAGGAUUUGCCUCUGCCUCGCAAGAACAGCAGUUGUCGUACAAGCAACAGGAAAAGUCUGAUCCUGACCACCACGUCUCCCACGCUGCCUCGUCCACACUCCCCUCUGCCCCUCCCGGGACACCUCGGAAGCAGCCCUCUGGACAGCCCACGAAACUUCUCUCCCAGCAACCCGGCACACUUCUCGUUUGCCUCCUCCAGAAGAGCGGACGGGCGACGAUGGUCUUUAGCAUCUUUGCCCUCUUCUGGAUAUGGCACUAACACUCCCAGCUCAACGUCGUCCAGCUCCUCUCAGGAGCGGCUGCACCAGCUGCCCUUCCAGCCCACCAUGGAUGAGCUCCACUUCUUAUCCAAGCACUUUGGCAGCACCGAAAGCAUCACAGAUGAUGACGGGGGCCGCUGCUCUCCCCACAUGCGCCCACGCUCCCGCAGUCUCAGCCCAGGACGUUCCUCCUCCUGCUACGAUAAUGAGAUAGUCAUGAUGAACCAUGUGUACAAAGAGCGCUUUCCAAAGGCCACAGCUCAGAUGGAGGGGAGGCUGGCCGAGUUCAUCCAGGCUUUCUCUCCUGAAAACGUUCUUCCGCUGGCCGAUGGGGUCCUCAGCUUUAUUCACCACCAGAUAGCUGAGCUGUCCAGAGACUGCCUGGCCAAAGCCCGCGAGGGCCUCAUCACCUCUGUCUACUUCUUUGAGCUGCAGGAGAACCUGGAGAAGCUUCUUCAUGAUUGCUUUGAGCGCUCCGAGAGCUCUGAGGUAGCCUUCGUCACAGAGUUGGUGAAGAAGCUUCUCAUCAUCAUCUCCCGACCUGCCAGGCUUCUGGAGUGUCUGGAGUUUAAUCCUGAGGAGUUCUACCAUCUGCUGGAGGCAGCAGAGGACCACGCCAAGGAGGGUCACUUGAUGAAAACGGACAUUCCUCGUUACAUUAUCAGUCAGCUGGGACUGACCAGAGACCCUAUUGAAGAGAUGGUAAACCUCGAUAGUUACGACAGCGAGGGGCCGCUAACACCUGAAACAGAUGACUUGACAGAGGGUAAGAUUAAAGCAAUGAAACCCCCAGGAGAAGCAGACUUCCAGACCAUCAAGCUGAUCAGUAAUGGAGCGUACGGCGCUGUGUACCUGGUGCGUCAUCUGGAGACACGCCAACGAUUUGCCAUGAAGAAGAUUAAUAAGCAAAACCUGAUCCUGAGGAACCAAAUCCAGCAGGCCUUCGUGGAAAGAGACAUCCUCACCUUCGCAGAGAAUCCCUUUGUCGUCUCCAUGUUCUGUUCCUUCGAAACCCGUCGGCACCUCUGCAUGGUCAUGGAGUACGUAGAAGGUGGAGACUGUGCCACUCUGCUGAAGAACAUUGGGGCUCUGCCUGUGGAAAUGGCACGCAUGUACUUUGCAGAGACCAUCCUAGCACUGGAGUACUUACACAACUAUGGCAUUGUGCACCGUGACCUCAAGCCUGACAACCUCCUAAUUACCUCAAUGGGCCACAUCAAGCUCACAGACUUCGGCCUUUCUAAGAUGGGUCUGAUGAGUCUGACCACCAACUUGUAUGAAGGACACAUAGAGAAGGAUACUCGGGAGUUCUUGGAUAAACAGGUGUGUGGAACUCCAGAGUACAUUGCCCCGGAGGUUAUUCUUCGUCAAGGUUAUGGGAAGCCAGUGGACUGGUGGGCUAUGGGCAUCAUCCUGUAUGAGUUCCUGGUGGGCUGUGUGCCUUUCUUUGGAGACACUCCAGAGGAGCUGUUUGGACAGGUCAUUACAGAUGACAUAGUGUGGCCAGAAGGGGAUGAGGCUCUCCCUGUUGAUGCCCAGCACCUGAUCUCCUCCCUUCUGCAGACGAAUCCACUGGUUCGACUGGGCACAGGUGGUGCUUUUGAAGUGAGACAGCACUCAUUCUUCACAGAGGUGAACUGGAACAGCCUGCUGAGACAGAAGGCAGAGUUCAUUCCUCACCUAGAGUCUGAGGAAGACACCAGUUAUUUUGACACCCGAUCUGAGCGCUACCAUCAUGUGCAGUCAUAUGAUGAGGACGAUACCAACGACGAUGAGCCUGUGGAGAUACAUUGCUUCUCAUCCUGCUCCCCUCGCUUCAGCAAGGUGUACAGCAGUAUGGAGCAUCUGUCCCAGCUGGAGCAUAAACCCCCUGGCGUGACUCUUAGGGAGCACAAGGUCCCCAGGGAGGAUCGAGUGGCCAAGAGAGAAAGCCUGGGUAGCCUCACCCUCAGGGACAAGAGCUGGAGGACUGGGUCGCCCGAGAUGAAGCGUUUGUCCUGCUCUGAGACCUCCUUUACUGAGAGCGACUCCAGCCCACCGUCCGGGGCCCGAAGACGCUUCUCCGCCCUCAUGGAUACACACCGCCUGGCCUCCCCUCUGGAAGUCGACUCUGAGCUGCCUGUCCCUACCAGGCAGCCUCCAGUGAAGGCCAGAGGGACUUCCCUGGAAGGAGCCAUGGGUGCCAUCACCUCUCAAGGCGAUCUGAGACCAUUCCUUAAAGAUAGCAAUGGGCUCACAGCUGGAGACAAGCUUUUGAGACCUGCUGAUGCAUCAUUGCCUCUACCAGGCAGCGCUACUGUUCUGGGGUUGCCAGACCCACAAGGGCCCCGUGGGGCCACCACUGACCUGGUGCUGCGGAGGGUUCGCCACCAGCAGCUCUCAGCUGAAGGAGAAAAACGUAACUCACGACCAGGAACCAAAGUUAUCAAAUCUGCUUCUGCUACUGCUUUGUCUGUCAUCAUUCCUGCAGUGGAGCAACAUGGUGCCUCCCCUCUAGCGAGCCCCAUGUCUCCUCGCUCCCUCUCGUCCAACCCCUCCUCCCGUGACUCUUCUCCCAGCAGAGACUACUCUCCCAUGGUCAACAUCCCGCAUUCUCCAAUCACCAUCCACCGCUCUGGGAAGAAGUAUGGCUUCACUCUCCGAGCCAUCAGAGUCUACAUGGGAGACAGUGACGUCUACAGCGUACAUCACAUAGUCUGGCAUGUUGAGGAUGGAGGUCCCGCCCAGGAGGCUGGACUUAGUGCUGGAGACCUCAUCACUCACGUAAACGGGGAGUCAGUCCAUGGUCUGGUCCAUACAGAGGUGGUGGAGCUCAUCCUGAAGAGUGGAAACAAGGUGACAGUUACGACUACUCCAUUUGAGAACACCUCUAUAAAAGUGGGUCCUGCCCGCAAGUCCAGCUAUAAAUCCAAGAUGGCACGGCGCAGCAAGAGGACAGGAGCCAAGGAGGGACAAGAGAAGAAGCGCAGCUCCCUGUUCAGGAAAAUUACCAAGCAGUCCAACCUGCUCCACACCAGCCGGAGCCUCUCCUCUUUAAAUCGCUCUCUUUCAUCUGGAGACAGUCUCCCAGGCUCCCCCACCCACAGCCUCUCUGCCCGAUCGCCCACCCAGACUUACCGCUCCACUCUUGAAUCCCCUUACCUGGGCACCUCCUCCCAGAGCAGCUCCCCAGCUUCCAGUACCCCGAACUCCCCAGCGGCCUCUCACCACAUGAGGCCCAGCUCCUUGCAUGGCCUGUCUCCCAAACUUCACCGCCAGUACCGAUCUGCACGCUGCAAAUCUGCCGGCAACAUCCCUUUGUCCCCCCUGGCUCACACCCCCUCCCCGACCACCUCCUCUCCUCCACCUCUCACUGGCCACACGGUAGGGAGCUCCAACACCACACAGAUGUUUCCUGUCAAGCUGCACUCCUCGCCUCCUGUUACCCGCCCUCGUCCCAAAAGUGCAGAGCCUCCCAGGUCCCCCCUGCUGCAGCGGGUGCAGUCGGCAGAAAAGCUAGGAGCACCACUUCUGCCUUCUUCCUCUUCAUCGUCAUCGUCGCCUUCUCCUCUGACAGGUGGGGUGUCGUUACGCAAGCAUAGCCUGGAGGUGGCGCAUGGGGACUACAGGAGAGAGUCCUUCCACUGUGAGCACAGCCUACAAAGUCUGCUAGAGAUGGAAGGAGAGAAUGGCCCUGCUCCCCCAUCUCCUUCAUCAUCUUCCUCCCCCUCUCCUCCCAUGGGAGGGGAGAUUGGAGGCCCAAAGCCUCUAAGGAGGCUGGGAAGGCAGGAGUCACCGCUCAGCCGUGACACACUGCUCACAGCAAGAGAGAAAGAUACUCAAACCACAGCGUCUGAGCUCACCGGGUCGCAAACUGAGAGCAUAGCUACUAAAGCUGAUUCCAAGACCAAUGUUGUUGACACAAGUAAAACAUUAUCCACUGCUGAGGUUCUAAAGAAAAACAUAAGUGAAGCUGCAGUGGAGACCAAGUCUAGUCCAGCACUGCUUUCAUCCAGUACAGAGGCCACGCCUAGCCCAGGGGACGAACCUCAAAAUGCAAGCAAUUCAAGUUCUGAGGCAACAGUCUCUAAGAGUAAACUCAGUGAGAAAAUCUCAACUCCUGGCACAUCAAAGGGCCUCCAACAACAAGACAGUAAGCAGCAGAGUGUUCAGACAGACAGUGGACCUGCAACUAAAGCUCAGGAGAAGACUGAGGAGAAAGUGAAAGCCACUGCAGACAAAGGAAACAUGCAGAAAGUAUCAUCUGCAGAGCAGUCCAAGCCACGUAAAGGCACAGAGGCGGGAGAGAAAGGAGGCAUCAGUGGCAGCGAUAAAGCAACUGAGAUGACCAAGGUCAAAGGACCUGCACCCCCAGUUCCCACCCAGGUUCAAACCCACACUGCAGCUCAUGUGCCAGCUGCUGCCAGAUCCAAAGUGGAGAAGGUAUCAAACAGUUACCGUGAGGCCAAGGAGGAGAGAGCCCACCUGGAGGUCCUGGAAGAAAAUCCCAUGUCGCCCUCCUCUAAUGCAGCUUCACCCUGCUCGAGCAAGUCUCGCCCUAUGUCUCCGGGGGAUAAAGCCAGCUUUGUCACUCAGCUCACGAGCGUGGCCAAAACAGUGCUCGGGCCUAUGAAAGGGGGAUUACAAGAGGGGGCCAAGGUAAAAGACGCCUCCAAGUCAAGUGAGGAGAAGCGAGGAAACACAGCAGGAAAACCAGAGGCUUCGUCUGGGGGCGGCCGACGGGGGGCGCAGACAGCGACCUCAGCAAGCGUUGGCACAGUCCAGUCUGAUAAAGGAACCAGUCGGAGCUCCAAGCAUCAUUCGUGAUAAGAGAGCUUCAGAAAGAGUCAGACUCUCCCAUGUAAUGCCUUUUACUGUAGCAUCACACUGACAUAUCAUGAAUUAACACGACUUAUUGAAUUGAGGGGAGACAUAAAUGCCUGAAGAAAUAACUUACAUGAUGACAUAUAGACACAUAAUAUGUGAACAAAAAUGCAUCAGCCAUGUUGGGAAAUGUGCGCUCAUGGUAUCAUAAUUUAGGCCUGUGUAUGUACUGUAUGUUCAUCACAAUGUGUUGUAUAUAGAAACAAAUAAUGCAUAUGUCUUAAUGCAUGUCUGACGCUGUACAUGGAAAAUGAAAGAAUAUUUAAAAAGAAGAUGAAAAAUAUAAAGCAGACCUUAAGGUGGUUAACACUGUGAACAACUUUUCAACCGAUCACAACAGGCAAACUGUUAACUAUGUGUAAACAAGCAGGAUUCUUUUAUAAACGGGCAUUACUCACAUUUCAGCUCCAGUGCCAUCAUUUAGGUCGGUUGUAAUUGUAAAAGAACAACACAGACUGUAUUUCCGUAAAGUUCCGUUAAUAAAAGAGUUCAGGCUUGUGUCAUGUAGUGAAGAAUAGAACAAACAUACUGGAAACUGGACCAAGAUACCAAAAUGCUUGCAGGGAUGGACUUAGAGGACGAAUCAGCUGGUUUGCUUCAGAUCUGUUUAAGGGCUGAAUUUCAGUGGAAUUGAAAGAGGUAGAUUAGAUGAACUUGCACAGGGACACUAUGCAAUGUGCUAAUAACGCCACUUUUUGUUGUUUUUUUUGGUGUCCCCAAUUACUAAGUUUACAAUGUGCUCCAGACAAGAAGAGAAGACAGAGGAAAGGGUUGCAAUAAGCCGAGCAAACACAAUUUUGUUUUAAAUGUCUCCAUUGAUCAUAGUGAAAUGUGCAAUGACAUAUUUUAGGCUAUUGAGUGAAUAUACUAGUGUGUUCGGAGUGGGGUGAGGAAAAAAAGUGCGUAUAGAACCAUAAUGAAAGUAGCACUUAUAGAGGAAUAGGUUAGAAAUGUUCUUUCACUCACUCUUUUCUAUUUAUGCAGAUGUACUGUAUAUUGUGUAAUGUUACGUGUGAAGGAAAGUGCCAGUCUUUUUAUUUAACGUGAUUUUUUUUUUGUUUUUUUGUUGACACUUAAAUGUAUAAUGAUAUGCAAUCCAACAGUGCCCAGUUCCAUAAAACUGAGCACCCUUGUCGGUGAUAUAGUAGUAGACUAUACACAAAGCCUGGAGUAUAUAUGUUGAGAGCGUCUUAGUGGUGAGGUCGUGUUUGUUCUUGUGUACUUCAGAAUAAUGAUAUAGAUAGUUUUGGGACACCAGGCUCGGACCUGUCUUAGACUGCCACCUUGUGGACGAUGUCACAUGACACCAAAGGUCCUGAGGUACAAAGAAAAAUAGGUGUAGUCUGAUAACUUCUGCCUGUGGAUCUUUCCAUUUCAUACAUUACUAUUCUGAUGCAUAGUCCCUUUGUUGAUUAACACAUUUAGCUGCGAUCAGUUUCAGUCUGAGCUUAAAAAGUCCUUUUUUUAUCCAUUAGGAUGUAGUGGUCAUCACAUAUUAACCCAUUGUUUGGACAUUUAACAUCUGUGUUUUUGUGUGUAAUGUGAGGAAUUUGCACUUUAUUUUGUGUCAGAUAUUUUUAUUUACUUGUUCUAUACAUUCAUUUAAUUAUUUUUCUAUUUGUUUUAUUUAUUAAACUUUUUUAUUUAUUCAAACGUUUUUACAUGGCAUCAGUUAGUGAAUUUCUGCUUUACUACUGAAAUUAGUCAUUUAUCAAUUUUACAUUUAGACCGAGAAAUCUACCAAAUAUGUGUAGCUACCCCAUUGUGUGCAGUUUUGACCUGUCAGAAGUCUGAAGUUGUAAUAUUGCUGUCAUAUCCAUCUUUGUCCAAGAGUUUGAGGUGUUUUUUUUACAACUGUCUCUUGACUGUUGUCCAUUGCAUUGCUACAUAUUUAUUAGCCACCGUUGUGAAAAACCAAUGCAAAAAAGCCUAUAGUGCAGAAAUGUAAUAAAAUGCAGAGAAACCC